CGGUUGAAGUUGCGUUUUCCCAAAUGUAGUUGUGUAAAUAUUGCAGUUUUGGAUUAAAGCUUGUUGUCGCCGCUGUUGUUGUUGUUAUUAAUAACGGCGAUGUAUUAUUGUAAAUAAUAAUAUUCAUAAAUUUUUAUUUAACUAACAAAGAAAAGGUGGAUAAUAACUGACAGCCAUGUUGGAUCAAAAACUUUCGUCUCCAGAUGGAAAAUUUAGAAAUGGCUUUAUUGAUUUUACGGCUGGAUCAUUGGGUGGUGCAGCCCAGAUUUAUGUCUCGCAACCAAUGGACACGGUAAAAGUAAAACAGCAGUCUUUUCCACAAAUGUACAAAAACAUGAUAGAUUGCUUCGUAAAAACCUAUCGCACCGAUGGCAUCUUUCGUGGACUGUAUGCCGGUUCUGUUCCGGCUGUGGUGGCAAGUGUUGCCGAAAAUUCCGUACUAUUUGCUGCCUUUGGUGGUUGUCAAAAAGUUGUUGCUUAUGCCAUGAAUAUAGAAGAUGUGAAGGAUAUGCCUACACUGGGUCAUGCCUUUUCCGGUUUUUUGGCAGCAUUCUUCUCGACGUUUACCCUUUGUCCAACGGAAUUGGUUAAAUGUAAACUACAGGCAUUGAGGGAGAUGCGCCUACACAAUCCAAAGAGUUGUGCUCAUUUGCCCAUAACACCAUGGAAAUUGACUAAACACAUUAUGGCUACGGAAGGUAUACCUGGAUUCUUUCGUGGCCUCACGUCGACAUUUGUGCGAGAAAUGCCCGGCUAUUUCUGCUUCUUUGGCGCUUAUGAAGGAACACGUGAGCUCCUAAGGAAGCCUCAUCAAACCAAGGAAGAAAUUGGCGCACUGAAAACAAUGUUUGCCGGUGCAGUAAGUGGUAUUAUAUUAUGGGUUAGCACGUUCCCGGCUGAUGUAAUUAAAUCCCGUAUACAAGUGAAUAAUCUUAAGCGUUCAAUGACCUCUGUGGGAUUGGAAAUUGUACGCACAGAAGGAUUUUUUGCGCUUUACAAUGGUGUACUCCCCUCAAUUUUGCGUACAAUACCAGCUACUGCCACACUAUUCCUUGUCUAUGAAUACACGAAAAAGACUCUGAAUGAAAAUUAA